AUGGCAGAUCCGGACGUUGUCGUCGGUAUCGACUUUGGUAUGACCUCAACCGGAGUUGCAUACUCGGCCGGUCCAGAUUGGCCACGACCUGACACUAUCCAGAACUGGCCAGGUAAUGCAAGAGGCUCGAUUGCAGACAAAGUCGACUCAAAAAUUGCAUACACUGAAAGAGGUGAAAUAGCAGCAUGGGGUUUCGCAGCUGACGAAGGCUUCGGUAUAGACUCUCAACGUUGUGAGGAAUUCUUCAAACUGUACCUGGAUCCGGAAUUUAGAGACGCCAUGGAGGAUGCGCCAUCUCUGCAGGAGGCACGAAGAUGGUUCACAGAUUACUUGUCGUGUCUGUAUCGGACUGUUGACCGACACAUGAAUGACACCAUCCCAAAGUACAGCUCGAAACGCGUUGAGUUCAAGUUCAGUGUGCCAACCACUUGGAAGAACCCUGCCAUGAUCGCUGAAACAGAGCAGCUAAUCCGGAACGCUGGUUUUGCGAGGGGGAACCCUCUUCACACAGCCGAAAUAUCGCUUACUGAAGCAGAGGCGGCGGCAGUAUACGCUUCGAAAAUGCAAUAUGCAGCAGGCGACAUAUUUUUGGUUUGUGACGCUGGUGGAGGUACGUCGGACGUGAAUAUCCUGAAGGUUAUAUCUUCUGGUGUCGGUCAAACAGAAUUGGCGCCUCUUUCGUGGGUUGAAGGUCGAGCAAUCGGUUCGACGCUGAUUGAUUUUCGCGUCGAAAAGCUGAUUGUGGAACGACUCCAGGUGGUGAGGGACCAGCUUCAGGAGACACCAGAAGUGACCGCUCGUCGCAUGCUUCGAGAAGGAUCGCGCUUCGAAAGCUUCAAGUGCAAUUUAGGUGAUGAAGCAAUGGACCUGCCUACGCUGAGACUGACCAUUCCUGGUAUUGCACCUGGCCUUGAUGUUCCGCCUCACAUUGAGAACUCGCAGAUUGUCCUGGACAAACGAGAAAUUGAAUCCAUCUUCGAUGCACAAGUCGAGAGAAUUUGCGACCUCAUUGACGAUCAGCUGUAUCAAUUAGAGAAAGCACAUCCUCACGAAAUAGUCAACUUCCUAGUCCUCUCGGGCGGCUUAGGGAGUUCUGCUUAUUUGCAGCAGAGCUUGCGCCGGAAAUAUCUGCUGGGGAGAAGUCCGCAUGCAUGCAUUACAGACUUGCAAAUUCUUAGAGUACCAAAACCACAGCUUGCAGUUUGCCACGGUCUGGUGCUGGAUCGAGUACAGCAGAUCAAAGAAAGUCGCGUAGUGUACAAAGAGAGAUUCUGUCGAAACUCGUAUGGAGUUGUUGUAAAAGCAGAAUAUGAUCCUCAGGUCCACUAUGGAGAACCAACAUCGUUUGACCAUAGAGACAAAAAGACAUAUGUCCUCAAUCAGAUAGAUUGGUUCAUUAAGCAAGGACAGAAGGUGUCAGUAUCAGACGGCGUAAAACAGCAUUACUCCUUGAAAGUGCUGCCUGGUCAAGAAAACCAACCGUGGACGACGCAGGUUGUCAUGUCGACCUUAUCGGCAAAUGAGUUGCCCUCGAGCUUGAACAAGCCUGGAGCGAACAGGCUUUGCAAGGUAGAGUCAUCCCUACCAUCCGAGAUGAAGUUGAAGAAUCGACAUUGGUACAACGGAGGAAGUCAGUACCAUAGAGCAGAAUUCGACGUGCAAGUCAUCGUGGGGGCUGCAGAUCUAAAGUUCAGGACUCUAGGAACCGAGGGCAGAACCCUCAGUCGGGCACAUGAUACGAUCGACGUCGAGUGGUACUCAUCUCGUACAUCGAACAAGGUGCCAGGAGCUGUGAUCUCCGAAUUGGGAGCUGAGGGGCUUGACCGACAUAUUCAUCCGCCACGUCAAGCGGGUCUGAAGACUAGCGAUUCUUGGUUGAGACGAUUUAAUAAGAAGUUGUAA